UGUUCUGUGCGGAUGAUUUAAAUAUCGGCGCGCGAGCGUCGGAACUCGGAAUGGUCUAAUAGGCAUCACCGAGCUCCCAGGCUUACGCUUCAGCUGUUCCUCGCUCCGUUUACUCGCGACAUCGAACCCGCAACCGCCCGCAACCGUCGAGUCCAGCGGCUUCCGAACCGUACGUCAAAAUGACCGACGAAUACAUCUCCCACUUGCACCGAAGACUGGACGUCCUCAAGCUGUGCGUCUCCCUGUGCAAGGUAUCGGCUGACGACGCCUACUUUGUGAGGAACGCGCAGGCCAAGCUACUCGAAGCCAGCGAGCACCGGCAGCGAAUCGACGAACUGUGCGAGCAGUACGAACAGCUGAAAGAACGAGAAGCGAAGCUUCUCGCUGACCUGGAAGUUCGUUUACAGCUCGCCGAGUGUCAAAGAGCGUUCAUCGACAGCCUUCCACCGAAGUCGACGUCUCAGCUAAGCGGUGUCGCUACUCAAGGUAACAGUCCGUCUCUGGCCGCCGCUGGAGCCGGAGGCGAGAGGGCUAGUCGCCAGCAGGUUACCGUUGGUUCCAAGCACGUAAACCUAAUCGCCCACCUGAGCGAGGAGGAAUUAGCGAACGUCCCCAAGUACAUGAAGGGUCGAUUCACGCUCGCCACGCUUAACAAGCUCGUCGACGGGUUCAACAAGGCGAUCGCGUCCAAGUACGAGCUCCUGGCGUUGCCCAAGUCCCGACUCAAAGAGCCCCAGUGGAAGCGCGUCUCCGCAUACCACAUGCAGGAGACCGCCGAGACCAAGAAGCUCAGCUUCGUGGUCGACGCCGACCUGACGGGAAAGGGCGGCGGUGCUUUCGAGUCCAGUCGCGUCGUCACCCAGUUCGUGGUGGUGAUGCGACACUGCGGCAGGAUACGCGAGAUUCGGGGUCCCGAACGAAUCGUGCGAUACGUGGUGGUCUGACGGCACGACAAGCUGCAGUUGCGAACAGAUGAUGCGCUUGUAA